GCGGGGGAGUGAGACUUUCCACCUUAGUCGAAAAUAAAUGUAUUUAUGCUACGCAACCGACAGGUGGCGAUGGAGCGUCGGGCGCUCGCCGAGAUCGGCCGCCGCUGGCGCGGUGACGUCACGGGCUGCCGAGCAUGCCUACAAAGCGUCGAAAAUAAACAAAAGAGCGAGCGGAGGGUGUCGCGCGCGGCGCGGUGAAAACUCGCGAAGAAGAAGGGGGAGGGAAGAGAGAGAGAGAGAGAGGAAAAAAAAAAAAACCACGAAAAAGAGGCAGAGUGCGAACGCGAGUCCCGAGCUGUGAGCGCUUAGCCCGGCCGACAUGGAAGGCGUGCUAUCGCUGCGAGUGAGCGUCUUUUCCGACCAGGGAGGGAGGAAGUACAUGGAGGAUGUGACCGAGGUGGUGGUGGAGCCGGAGCCGGAGCCGGGCGAAGACGAGCUGGAGCCGGCCGAACACGGCGAGGCAAAGCCGGCGGCGGGGGACGAGGGGGCGGCUGACCGCACAUCGCCGGGCUCCCUCCUCCUCCUCCUCCCCCACAAGCGCCGGGACCCCGACCCUUCGGCCUCCCCACCGAGGAACCCCACUGUGACUGCCGGCUCGGAGAGCAACUCGAACCCGGCACCGAGCGGGUCAGAUCCGCCCGCUUCCGGCGGAGACCCGCGGCCCCGGCGCUCCGUGGCUUUCUUCGCCGUGUUCGACGGCCACGGGGGCCGGGAGGCGGCGCAGUUCGCCCGGGACCAUCUGUGGGACUUCAUCAAGAAACAGCGCGGCUUCUGGUCUCGGGACGACGGCGAGGUGUGCGGGGCCAUCCGGAAGGGCUUCGUGGCCUGCCACCACGCCAUGUGGAAGAAACUGCCUGAAUGGCCCAAGACUCUCACUGGGCUCCCCAGCACUUCGGGAACCACGGCCAGCGUGGUGGUGAUCCGCGGCGACCGCAUGUACGUGGCCCACGUGGGCGACUCGGGUGUGGUGCUGGGCCUGCGGGACCACCCGUCGGACCACUUUGUGCGUGCCGUAGAAGUGACCCAGGACCACAAGCCGGAGCUGCCCAAGGAGAGGGAGCGCAUCGAGGGACUGGGUGGCAGCGUCAUUAAAAAGUCUGGUGUGAACCGCGUGGUGUGGAAGAGACCGAGGUUGACUCACAAUGGCCCCGUCAGGAGAAGCACGGUCAUCGAUCAGAUCCCCUUUCUCGCAGUGGCUCGAGCCCUGGGUGAUCUGUGGAGCUAUGAUUUUUACAGCGGGGAGUUUGUCGUGUCCCCAGAACCGGACACCAGCGUACUGACCCUUGACCCCCAGCAGCAUCGCUACAUUAUCCUGGGUAGCGAUGGGCUUUGGAACAUGGUUCCCCCACAGGAUGCUGUGUCCAUGUGCCAGGACAAUGACGAAGCCAUGGCGCAGUGUGGCGUCUCCAAUGCCCGGCAGCUCGUGAGCCACGCCCUCUUGCGCUGGCGACAGCGCAUGCUCCGUGCAGACAACACCAGCGCCAUUGUCAUCACGCUGCUGGAGCCCGGGACCCCCCAGGAGCCCCUGCACCACGAAGAAGUGCUGCUGAACCUGGCUGAAGGAUCGCAGUGCGGCACUACCUCUGGGUCGCGCUCCAACACCCCGCUGAUAAAGCCGCUGGAUGACGACGCCCCCUCCCCCAUUUGCGAACUGCUGCCGGCCCUCGAGCGGAGGAACGGCUUCUCCGCUUCCGGCCUCUCCGGUCUCUCCGACCCGUUGUCCGCUCACCUCGCAGAUCUGGAAAGUCUCCAGGAGAGGACGCUUGGCGUCAGGGCUGCCGUGGGCGUGCUGACCACCUGCAAACGGACCCCAGAGGACUCGCCCAACCCUGUCGGGAAGAGGCCUCGGCGCAGUAUGGCCCGCUCGCCUCACAGCCCCCCGUCGCCUAGCGCUGCCCGCCGCAGGAACUCGGAGCGGCCGUCAGUGCGGCGCAGCGGGAAGGGCCAGAAACAAUCGCCCAACGUGCAAGCGCUCCUCCAGCAGCACCGCAAAGCGGCCGUGUGUGUGUGCUGAGCCCUGCUCCGCACAGAGACGUACACGCUCACACACAGACGCCACUGGACACCUUCUGCCCUCCAGCACUACUGACACGUGGGCACAGAACUAGUACUACAGAAGUCCCUUUGCCAUCAUUUGAACAUGAUCGCCUGUGUAGUUUGUAUUUUGUCUGUGUCCUCAGUCCCAGUAGACGUCCGAUUGUCCUUUUCUACCCGUGAUACAGAGCUGCAGCUGUCCGUAUGGCUUCUGUCCUGUCCUUCCUCUUCCACAAUACCCGAGAGAGCAGACAUUUGUUUAACUGGUGUAUCUCUUUUUUUUUUUUUUUUUUUUUUUUUUUUUUGUGAAAUGGAACAGUCUUAAAUUUCACUCACUUGUAAAUAUUAAGAUUAUAAUGGAUGUAUUCAAAGAUGCCUGUGUUCUGCUUUAAGUAAAGCAAUAUAUUUUUAUACAUUGUCUUAUUUACAAUUUUAGAAUUCAGAAAGGAUACACCACAUUACAAUCUGACUGGUUUGGUGUCACGUGUGCUAGUGUCCUAAUAUCUAUAUUAACAUGAUUUGGAAUUUACACCCUAAUUCUAGGUAAUUUAUGCGUCCUGGGCUUGGUGUGUAUGUUCAUGUAGUUUUGUCAUUUUGUAACGUUUCCUUUUUCAUAGAAUGAGAUUCUUUCCGACACUGAAGGUGCUGCUAUAUUUUAUCUGGUAAAAAUAAAAUAUGUAUAUGAAAUGUUUAAGGUUCACCCGGCGUUGUCAGUGUGAGCACAAAGGCUGAUGGGAUUUGUGUUCAGUAACUGUGUGUUUUUUACAUUUUCUAGAAGAGCUGUGGUCUCAAGUAGAAGAUCCCCACCCUCCUUUUUUCUUCCUUCUCCCCCUGGUUUCACUAACACUUCAGCCAUGUUCCAGUAGUGGGCUGCUGUUAUGGGGAAUGAAACUGGAUUUCCUGUCAUGUGGGAGAUUCCUCCAUGUGGAGGGGACGCCAGGGUCGGUUCUUCAGCUCAACGCUGGAUGCUGCAUGGACUUGGAUGAUGGACCCUUGGGCGGAGACCCCCUGUGCCACCUGUUGGAGGAGGAUCUUCCGUUGCUGCGGCAGAGCUGGACCAGUCCUCUUGCGCUCCAGCCUCUACCUCGUCCCCAAAGGAGGGACCCGAAUCGCAAGUCUUCCUGCACCGCUGUCCCCACCGAGACCGCUGUCGAUCGGUCCAACCCCGGUCAAGCAAACCAGAAUCUGCCACGUUCUUGUCGGCGGCUCCCGGGGACUGAAAGUGACAUUCUGAAACUCUCGUAGGUCCGUUGGGUGUCGCCUGCAAGCCACCUGGGGAAAGGCUGUUGAGAACGUGAGGUUGUGGGAUUUCCACUGAGCGAUCGUCUGCAGGUGCAUUGAAACUGGUGCUUCAGACAACAUAUCUGUGUGUUUCAAAGCUGGGAAGCGAUACGUUGGAUGUAAAGACCGCAACACACUCUUUUGCUGCAUCUGUGUGAAGUUGAAGCCCAAGUCCUUUGAACUGUUACUCGGUUUUUAGAUAGUUCUCCUCACCGCUAUCGCAAAGCCUUGUGCAUGCGAGCAUUGGACUUUUUAGUCUUUUAUUUUUACUUCUGAGUGCUGAUGAAAUGAAUCCUAAAUUAUUCACCACGUUCAGACCUGUGUGGUUCUCUUGGUUUAUGAGUUUUCCUCGUUUCUCUCUUCCUAACACUAAAUUAUGAGUCAGACAUGCAAGGUUCUCCAUCUCUAGACCAAAGUGCAAUUUCCACAUUUUCUUUCUUUGUUGUUCUUUCAGUUCCCCUCUGCUGGUGGUAAAUUCUGUAGCAAGAGGUGAUAUGCAUUAUGGGUUUCAUACUUCAGGGAUUUGAUGUAGUAAUUUUUUUUCUUUUUUUUUUUUUUUUCUUUCCCCCCCUCCCGUUUUUGUUAAUAUUUUUAGGGUUAUGUUAUUGUCAGUUUGAAUCUGAUGGUAGGGACACUUGGCAAUUUAUUUCUUGUCAGAUAUUUGCAGUUUCGUGGCACCCGAAGUUUUGCACAGCAUUGUGGGCGUGUCGAACGC